CGAGCGCCUUUCGCCGCAUCUCCCGGUUCUCCUUUCGCCCGGCCGCGAUGACUCUGUGCACAGAAGCGGCCGUGGCGGCGCUGGGAGGCGGAUCUGCAGCUCAGGCGGGAGGCGGCGGCAUGUCGGAGCCAGCGCUGCAACCGAGGGCGGUCUUCACCUUGCCCAGGCAGCAGUCGCUCGCCUCGCCGCUGGUGAUCAACCCCUUCGUGCAAGAGACGCGCCUGGAUGCAAAGGAUAAAUCCCUGGCUUUCUUGUUCGGGCUGAUUCUGGUCCCUCUCCGUGUCCUAUGCAUGCUCUUCAUUUUGCUGGUGGCUUGGCCGUUUGCAGUCCUGGCAACUUCCUGCACCCCUGAGAAGGGGACUAAGCCACUUCUGGGAUGGCAAAGGAGAGUAUGCUAUGUCAGCCUCACGCUCUUAGGCCGUGCCUUAUUUUUUGUGAUGGGCUUCCGAGUCAAAGUGAAGGGGGAAGUAGCUAGUCCUGAGGAGGCACCGAUCCUUACUGCAGCACCACACUCGAGCUUCUUCGACGGGAUCGUCUGUGUUCUGGCAGGCUUGCCAUCGACGGUGUCUAGGCAAGAGAAUCUCUCUGUGCCCAUUCUUGGGAGGAUCCUCAGUGCUCUCCAGCCUGUUGUAGUGUCCCGUGUCGACCCUGAUUCCCGGAAGAACACAAUCAAAGAAAUAACCCGUCGAGCAACUUCAGGGGAGCAAUGGCCCCAGGUAUUGAUUUUCCCAGAAGGUACAUGUACAAACCGUUCAUGUCUGAUCACUUUUAAACAAGGGGCCUUUAUUCCUGGCGUUCCUGUUCAACCAGUGCUGCUUCGGUAUCCAAAUAAAUUGGAUACCGUGACGUGGACUUGGCAGGGCUACAAUUUCAAAGAGGCAUUAGUCUUGACUUUGUGCCAGCUGUUUACAAAAGUUGAAGUGGAGUUUCUUCCAGUCUACAUUCCAUCCGAGGAAGAAAAGAAGGAUCCAGUCCUUUUUGCCAGUGGAGUCCGUAACAAAAUGGCAAGGGCUUUGGAUGUGGCCACUACGGACCACACGUAUGAAGACUGCCGCCUCAUGAUCUCGGCUGGACAGCUGACCUUGCCCAUGGAGGCCGGAUUGGUGGAAUUCACCAAAAUCAGCAAGAAACUGAAUCUUAAAUGGGACAGCAUCAGAGAGCAGUUGGACCAGUUUGCUGCGGUCGCCAGCACCUCCAAGGGGGGCAGGAUUGGAAUCGAGGAGUUUGCCAACUACCUGAAGCUGCCCGUCUCAGAUGCUCUCGAACAGCUGUUUGCCCUAUUUGACAGGAAUGGAGAUGGUACCAUAGACUUCAGAGAGUACGUUAUUGGUUUGACCGUAGUUUGCAACCCUGCCAACACAGAACAGACCAUUCAAAUGGCAUUUCAGCUCUUUGACGUUGAUGAAGAUGGCAUCAUAAAUGAAGACGAAUUCAGCUUAAUUAUGCGUUCAGCACUUGGGCUUCCAAGCCUUGACGUUUCUAAUCUGUUCAAGGAAAUAGACGCUGACAACUCUAAAAAGCUCUCCUAUGAAGAGUUCAAGGAUUUUGCUCUGAAACAUCCCGAAUAUGCCAAACUGUUUACAACGUACCUCGAGCUACAGCGUUGCCAAAUAUUUCCAGAGACAGAAUUUACUUGCAGCACGCCGACUGUGAAAACCCCAGUUUCAGAAAUUGCCUCAGUGCCAAGGAAUAAAGUUUGUCCUCAGGCCAGUGAUGAUGACCAUUCCAUUGUCAGUGUCUCUGAUAAAAAAGAAGACUGAAUCUAAAAGGCUGAAUAUAUUUGAGUCUGUGUUGAUGUUUUGUAUUUUAUUUUUAAUAUAAAGAGAAUACGGAUUUUCUUCUUUUUUUAAAAAAAUGCCGUUUUUACAUUUUUAUCAGAGAAGGCAAAGAGAGAGAAAAAUAAUUGCUUAAAAGUUAUCCAACUAGUUUUAAUGAGUCAAUUAUUUUAUUUAUUAUUUUUAUCACUUAGGCUGCAUUAAUUGCAACCCUGUUUCAUUGGGCUGCUUGCACUGAGGCAAAAUGCAAUACAAUGGUUACUCUCUUGGAAAGAAUGCCAUUGAUGUCCCCACCCCACCCCCCGGAUUUGUGGCAAAAUGUUUCCAAACAGUUAAAAACUAUUUCUGGAGUAGCAAACAGAUUGCUCUAAGCUAACUUGGCCUUCUGGAGCAGAAGUGGAAAUGUAAGAUCAUAAAUUAAUAGGGUUGGACCUUGCAUUUGGGGUGACCUAUGUAUCGGAACGCGGGUGGUGCUGUGGGUUAAACCACAGAGCCUAGGGCUUGCUGAUCAGAAGGUGGGCGGUUUGAAUCCCCGCGACGGGGUGAGCUCCUGUUGCUCGGUCCCUGCUCCUGCCAACCUCGCAAUUCGAAAGCACGCCAAAGUGCAAGUAGAUAAAUAGGUACCGCUCCAGCGGGAAGGUAAACGGUGUUUCCGUGCGCUGCUCUGGUUUGCCAGAAGCGGCUUAGUCAUGCUGGCCACUUGACCUGGAAGCUGUACGCCGGCUCCCUUAGUCCGCGUCUGGACCUAAUGGUCAGGGGUCACCUUUACCUUUGCCUAUGUAUCAGAACUAAGAUUAUGAUGUCUCAUUCUUUUGUAGUUGUCCUUGUCUACCCCCUUCAUUCUACCCCCAGAGUCUAUGCCUUCCUCCACCUUCCUCUUCCCUUCUCUGAAUUAGUAUCUGAUUUCAGUUCUGCGAACUGAUUGGUCUAUUGGAUGACCACCUUGAUUGACCAUCCCCCCUUUCUUUGGAAAAAGGAAAGCAUAUCAUGGAUGCAAUAUGGGAGAAAUCUGGUGGACUGUACUCUUUUAUCCCUCGGUUAAGCAGGAAGAAGGUAAGAGAAGGCCCUUGCUUGGAAACCGCCUCACUCCCAUGAUAAAACAAGCAGUAAGUCUUCCUUUUGGACACUUGACGUGUUGGCUGAUCAGAUGACACCCUCAACGUUCUGAGACAGCUGUACAAGGACUGUAUCAGUCCCAAAAAUAGUCAUAAUUUUGCUCCUCACUGUUAUUCCAUUUGCGGCCCUCUUGAGGGUCAUUUCCCAAUUGACUGUGUCUGCAUUGUACCUACUGAGAAACCAGGUGGGCAUGGUUUCUCUGAUAUCUUUCUUGGCCUGUGUCCUGGGGUUAACUUCAACUGGGGAAAUGGUAGAAUAGGAGAGGAGGGUGUAUAGAUUGAGAAGAGAAAAUCCUCUAUACACUGAUAUGGAUCUGUAACCCCAUCCUCAAGGAGCUGCAUUUGUCUUUCUUUAUUUCUUUAAUGCAGGAGAUCUAAUCACCACGUCACACUAGCUGGUCUGAUAGUAUCCUCACAGGCUAUCUUACCAGCCAGCUAACUAUUUUUGAAGGUUCGUCAGCAGAGUACAUCUGUCUAUAGAAUAAAUGUGUGUGUAUUGAGAAAGGGGAACGUGCUCACUCAGGGGAUUUUGGCCUUGUAACUAUACUGAAAAGCCAUUUUACAAUAUGUUUGCACUCCACAAAAUAUUGCCUAGUGUUGUCUAUCUUAGCCUAACAAAUGCCUGUCUUGUCCUUAUCUGGCCACCUUGGUUGGAAGCGGUCUUCUGGAGUAGAAAAGAUGUGAAUAUUAUAGGAAGUAAAUUAAAAAUAAAAUAAUAUGGUUUAUUUGCACAUGAUGGUGUAUGUGGUUGGCUUUGUGCUUAAAAUAAGAGCUGGAUCUGCUGCUAUAGGCUUUCGUGUGUGACUGGCACUAGUUCGGUGUUUUAAAAAUUAGAGCUGUAGAUUCAGCAGCUGUGUAAUGAAUGUUUACUCCUAGGAUGUCAUGAGAGAAAGUGGACUGAAGGUGUAUGGAUUGGUGCAAUUUUUGAGCUAAUUAGGGUCUGGCUACUUUAUUUUAAAUCUGUGGAUGCUGCUCCAAGGUGGAAAAGAGGGAUAUAAAUGUAUCAGAUACAAAAACUUAAGUGCUCUUGAGUAGAGAUAAAGGAGAAAUUCAAUUCAAUGCACAUAAGAAAAAUUGAUCAAUCUUUCACUUUCCAAAACAAUAUCCAAACCAAAACACAGCUUUCCUUCAAAUGCCACUCUUACCUGAAUUUUACAAUGCAAUUUUCCAACCAAUGUUUUUUUUAAAAAAAAAAUGCAUGUAUUUUCAAAAGAUUGGGUCCAUGUUGCGCAGCAUCCAUUAAGCAAGACAUCCCCUUUGGAUUUAAACAUAGUGGGUGAUGCUCAUUGGGGCUGGUAGGGUGUAAGACAGGAGCCCAACAGUAGGUGGAGCCAGAGCCAAUGAUAGCUAGAGCCAGAUAAGUCUAGUGUUGUUUCCAUCCACCUCCCUGAUGAGUUCUGCAAGAGGCAACACUGAGACUAAGGAGGAGGAAGCUGGUGGUCAUUGGACUAACUCUGGACUAACCUCUGGACUAACUGCAAGAAGACAGACAGACAGACAGACAGACAGACAGACAGACGGGGCUGGCUGAGGGCACACUGUGGCUGGUAGCACAAUGACUUAAUGGACCAGGGUUAAUCUUGCAUUGGACUGUGGUCCAAUGCUAAGUGCAAGGAAAUAGGGCUGAUAGCCACAUGUGUGCAAAGCAAGCAAGAAUUCAGUGAAGGAGGAAAUGUACUUUUACUAAAGUUAUGUCUAUAAUUGCAGAAGUGAAGCUCCUUACAUUUCUGGAAUUGCAGGUGGGAAAGCAUAGGGGUUCAUUCUUGGAAAGAAUAUCCGAGUUUCUGGAUCCUAAACAAUAAAUAUCAGGAAAGAACACCCAAGUUCUAAAUAGUAAAAUGCAUUCUAUAAACCAUAGGUAGGAUAUUGCCUUUCAGAUUAACAAAUAAGGUUGCUAUAUUGUUUCCAUGUGCUUUAUGGUUUCCUGUUUAUGUAUGGUGUUUCCUCUUCAAAGCUUGUGGGUUUUAUGUGCUUUUUAAAUAAACAUUGAAAUGAUG